CACUCCGUGGUGCAACAAGCAAAUACACACUGAAAACAGGCGGCUUGACAAGAGGACAACUCCGAGCUCACGGAUUAAUCCAGCUCUGUUCUGAACAGUCAUGGAGAACGAAGCGGAUGCAUUUUAUCGGGAGCUGCCAAAGGUGGAGCUCCAUGCUCACCUCAAUGGCUCCGUCAGCUUCGACACCAUCGAGAAACUCAUCAGCCGAAAACCACAUCUCAACAUCGAACACGGUAUGACGGCCAUCGGCAAAGGACAGCAGAGGACACUGGAGGAGUGUUUUCAGGUCUUCAAGGUCAUCCAUCAGCUGGUGGACUCGGAGGAGGACAUCCUGAUGGUGGCAACAGAUGUUAUCAGGGAAUUCGCAGCUGAUGGUGUCAAAUAUUUAGAGCUGAGGAGUACACCACGGGAGGAGAAAAGGACAGGAUUGACGAAAAAGGGAUAUAUUGAAAGUGUCAUCAAAGCCAUCAAACACUGUAAAAGUGAGGGGGUGGACAUUGAUGUCAGGUUUUUGGUGGCGAUCGACCGUAGGAAUGGCACUGAAGUUGCCAUGGAGACCGUGAAGCUUGCUGAGGAGUUCAUGCAGUCUACUGAUGGUUUGGUGUUGGGACUUGACCUCAGUGGAGAUCCAACGGUCGGCCAUGGAAAAGACCUACUUCCUGCACUGCAAAGGGCCAAGGAUUUUGGCCUGAAGUUGUCAUUGCACCUCUCAGAAGUCCCAUCGCAGCAGGAGGAGUCAAAUUUGCUGUUAGAUCUUCCUCCAGACAGGAUCGGUCACGGCACCUUUUUGCAUCCUGAAAUGGGUGGAUCUCAAAGUCUUGUUGACAAAGUGGUGGCAAGCAACAUACCGUUGGAGCUUUGUCUGACAUCUAAUGUUAAAGGAAAAACUGUUCCAUGUUACUCCAAACAUCAUUUCAAGUACUGGUACCAGAUGGGACACCCAAGUAUAGUUUGUACUGAUGAUAAGGGAGUCUUCAGUACAAACUUGUCUCAAGAAUAUCAGCUGGCAGCCACAACAUUUGGUCUCAGUCAUGAAGCCAUAUGGAAACUCUCCCAACAGGCCAUAGACUGUAUCUUUGCACCGGACACUGUGAAACGGCAGCUCAAACAGAAGUGGGACGCUAUGAAGCCUCAAGUGUUCAAGUGA